UUUGUUACACUUAGUAUAAUUUUUUUUUUUUUAUUUCAUUUCAUUUUUUUUUUUUUUUUUCAACAAUGUUGAGACACGGUAAACUAUUUCCGGUUACCGGCGUUCUCAUCCUCGUCAUUAUGACGGGGGCAUCAGUGUUACCGGAAAUAGAAAAUUUUUCAUUUUUCAAUGACAUUGACGAGAAUUCAUUCGCCGAUGCUAUGAAAAAUCCAAGUGAAGACGCUUAUCUCUCCACUGUUGAAUUAAUUGAGAAAUAUGGCUAUAAUGCCGAAUCGCAUCCAGUUGCAACUUACGAUGAAUAUAUUUUGGAAAUGCAUAGGAUAACUGGACCAAAAAUUAAUCCUGAUCCAAAAGGAAAACCAGCAAUAUUAUUGAUGCAUGGAAUUGUUAUGAGUUCAUCUGAUUGGAUAAUUUUGGGUCCGGAAAAUGCUCUCGGUUAUAUAUUAGCGGAUGCUGGAUACGACGUUUGGAUGGGAAACGUAAGAGGAAACACUUACUCACGAAAGCAUAUGAGUUCGUCUGUGGUUGACAAUGCUUACUGGCAAUUUAGUUGGCACGAGAUUGGUUUGAGAGAUUUACCGGCAAUGAUUGAUAAAAUUCUUUCAAAUACUGGUCUUAAAAAAAUUUCCUACAUUGGACAUAGUCAAGGGACAACAAUAUUUUUUGCAAUGGCAGCAGAAUUACCGGAAUAUGCUGAGAAAAUUGUAUCAAUGCAUGCACUUGCACCUGUUGCAUUUUGCAAACACAUGAAAAGUCCCCUUCUAAAACUUAUGUCAAAAUUUAGGACAUCUUUUACGGCAUUAACUAAAUUCUUUGGUAUCAAUGAACUUCGUUUAACGCAAUCAUUUUAUGAUAAAUUUACAUCUAAGGUUUGUGACGAGAAUUCAAUUCUUCAGCCAUUGUGCAGUAAUUUAUUAUUUUUGAUUACUGGAUUCAGUCCAAAUCAAUUAAACAUGACAAUGCUUCCCAUAAUUUUGGGACAUGUGCCAGCUGGUGCGUCUGUUAGACAAGCUGUUCAUUAUUCACAACUUAUGAACAAUGAUUACUUUCGACAGUAUGAUCAUGGAUUUUUCCAAAAUUAUCGAACAUAUGGCAAAUUUUCUCCUCCGGAUUAUGAUUUAGGCCGAAUAAAAACACCUGUAUCACUUCAUUACAGUGUCAAUGAUUGGCUAACACAUACAAAUGACGUUCAAAAGCUAUACAGUAAAUUAGGCAAUCCAAUUGGAAAAUUUCGUGUCCCAUUAGAUGAAUUUAAUCAUUUGGAUUUCCUUUGGGGAAAAGAUGCAAAUACUUUGCUUUAUGAUAAAAUUUUAAGUCUUCUGACACGCUACAAAGAAGACGCAUUAAAAAGAUGAAAAUAAAUAUAUCAGUAUAUUGUAAUUUAUUUUAUAUAUAUAUAUACAUUUAUUUGAAAAUAGACUGAAUUUUUAUUCUUCUUUCUA